AUGGCCGCCAAAGUCGACGAGGGCGCAUUCGCCCGCCAGUACAUCGACUACAUCUACAUCCCCGCCGCUCUGCUCGUCGUCGGCACUGCCAUUGUCAAGAUUGACUGGACUCCAUAUGCCGCUCUUCUCGCCGUUGCCCUCGGCACUUGGAAUUAUUUCAGCUUCCAGAUCAAGAAGGUGCUGAAGCCGGACGUCUUCCAGGAAUUCCCGCUCCAGGAGAAGACCAUCAUCUCCCACAAUGUCGCCAUCUACCGAUUCAAGCUGCCCUCGCCCCGGAGCAUUCUUGGCCUCCCCAUCGGCCAGCACAUCUCCAUUGGCGCCCAUCUUCCUCAGCCCGAUGGAUCUGUCAAAGAGAUUGUCCGAUCUUAUACCCCCAUCUCUGGCGACCACCAGCCCGGAUUUGUCGACCUCCUGAUCAAGUCUUACCCCCAGGGUAACAUCUCAAAGCACAUGGCCUCCCUCCAGGUUGGCCAGGCCAUUCGCGUCCGUGGCCCCAAGGGUGCUUUCGUCUACACCCCCAACAUGGUUCGCCACUUUGGUAUGAUUGCUGGAGGCACGGGCAUCACCCCCAUGCUUCAGGUUAUCCGAGCCAUUGUUCGUGGACGUGCUACCGGCGACAAGACCGAGGUCGACCUCAUCUUUGCCAACGUCACUGCCCAGGACAUUCUUCUCAGGGAGGACCUCGACGCCCUGGCCAAGGAGGACAGCAACAUCCGCAUUCACUAUGUGCUCGACAAGCCUCCGGAAGGCUGGACUGGCGGUGUUGGCUUCGUUACCGCCGACAUGAUUACUCAAUGGCUGCCCAAGCCCGCCAGCGAUGUCAAGAUCCUGCUCUGUGGCCCCCCUCCUAUGAUUAGUGGUCUGAAGAAGGCUACCGAGAGUCUCGGCUUCUCCAAGGCCCGUCCCGUCAGCAAGCUCGAGGAUCAAGUCUUUGCUUUCUAA